AUGGAGGCUGAGAGAGCUACAGCUGGAGAUGCGGAUCUAGAGGUAGCUGACCGCUGGAUCCGUGAGCUGGAGAAGAUCUUUACCGUUCUGGGAUGUCCUCCAGAGAGGAGAUUAGCCUAUGCUGUGUACAUGCUUGUGGGAGAGGCUGAGCACUGGUGGAGAGGCACCUAUCAGAUGCUUGCUGCUAGAGGAGUUACAGUUGACUGGGAGUGCUUCAGGACAGUAUUCAUGGAGAAGUACUUUCCUGAGAGCGUGAGGCACGCCAAGGAAGCUGAGUUCAUGCGAUUGCAUCAGGGGGGAAUGACAGUUUCUGAGUAUGCGAUGAAAUUCGAGCACUUGGCUCGUUUUUAUUUGCAAGCCUUAGUGGAGAAGGCAAAGGUGGUGGAACGGUUGGAAGGUGGUAACCGUGUUAUGAGGACUGCUGGAGGGCCGUCUGGGUCCAAGAAGGGCGAGAGUCAGAGGAAGCCGUAUGAUAGGCCCCAGUCACAACAAGGGGGUCCUGCCAGUAGGCAAUCUUCCAGUACUACUAGUGGAGGUAGACAGAGUGGAGGUGCCACUCUAAGAUGUUUCAGGUGUGCUGGGCCCCACUUUGUCAGGGACUGUCCGUACACGGAGAGCCGUUGCUUCAGAUGUCAUCAGAUGGGUCACGAGUCGGCCAACUGUCCUGCUAGGGGCAGACCUGGGAGGAGUGCUCAGAGGAGUGACGUGCAGAGGGCUGAUACUCAGAGGAGUAGUGCACAGAGAGCUGAUACACAGAGGGGUGACAGACCCACUACUGCUAGUAGAGUAUUUGCUUUGACGGUGUCUACGCCCGCUUCUGCUUCUGUGAUUGCUUCUGAAUUGUGUGUUGGUUGCCCGGUUGUGGUGAAUGAGAAGAAGUACAAGAUUGUGCCAAUAAGAGGUUGA